CAACAACAACAAGCAAAACAAUAUUUUCAUCGCAGCCACCCCCACCACCACCACCACCACUGUCACUGCCACUGCCAUAAACACAACCGAAAAUACAAUAACCACAACGACAACCACAAGCACAAUCACAAUUACAACCUCAAUCACAAGCAGGAGCGAAAUCAACAACAACAACAACAACAACCACAAUCAAAAUAUUACCGUCAUCAAAGACACUACCACAAACAGUACCAGCACCACCAGCACCAGCACCACCCUACUACAGCGAUGUGUUUCUUGGCAAUAGUAGCUGUGGUGGCGGUGACGACGUCAGCGGCCGUCAUCAGAGUACCUGUUCUACCGACGUCAACUUUACUACACUCUACUACUACUACUACUACUACUACUGCUGCUGCUGCUGCUGCGACUACUACUACCACUACUAUACCAACGACAACAAAAACUGCUGGUGCUACUGCUGCAACCAAUACUACCACUAAUAAUACUAAUACCUAUACUUCUAUUACAACUUCUUCACCUACUAUCGCUACCAGUGCGACUACUACAACUAUUAUUACUAUUGAUGCUGUUCUUGUCGUUGAUGCUACAGGUGUUGAAAAGAAAACUGCUACAAAAACAACAGCUACUACUACUACUACUAUCAUCUCCACCACCGCCACCACCACCACUACUGCAGCUACUACCAAUACUAAAAAAAAUACUACUACAACUUUUACUACUGAAAAGUCUACUUUUAUCCCUGCAGGAACUGGUAACGUUAUUAUUACUACUGUUACAUGUAAUCCUAGUGAGACAAUAUCGUUUGCUGGCAUUAAUUUACCGAAAAAAGCGGGUCUCACCUGUACUUCUACACCGGUAACUGGUGCGACAUGUCCCACUACCGAUCAUAUUAGCGCUACUAUUGUUGCUGCCGCUACCACCACCACCACCACCACCACCACCACCACUACUACUGGAAAGAAUGAUGAUGAUGAUGAGAAUAAGAUUACCAAUUCUCAUGCUAACGUUUCUAAUAUUACUGUUAUCUUUCUCAAAGCAACUUCUAUUAAAUGGAAUUGGAAUUAUAUUGUUAAAAGUUCUUUCAAGUGCAACUACAAUGUUACAAAGAGGGAUACAUGUUUUAAACUGUCAACUUUCUUUAAUGAAUUUAUUGACAGGAAAGAAAUUAAGGAGAGUGGAAAGUUUAAGUCCAAAAUAUGUUCCGAUUACUGUCGUAUGACGGAGAAAAUAUUGUCCAAAAAUGAAGUUCGGACAAGAAAUUCUUACCUGGCGUCCACAAAAAUGUCGAUUCGUAAGACACUAAAUUCGGUAUUGAUGGAAGAUGGGAAAAUGAAACGAGAAUCACAGUUAGAUGGAGAUGGAUUCCUUGAUAACGAGAAAUAUACAGCAAAGACUCACUGGAGAGGCAUUAAGAAUUUACUAGAAAUAUCUAAGAAAACUGGAUUAAAAAACUCAGAGUCAUCUCAAUUGUAUAAGUGGAAGACUGUUGACUGCUGGGGGCGAAUACGUGAAACGAAACAUGUAGCAUUAGUAGAUCGCUCAGAAAGUCAUCAAGGAAACACAAUAAUCGUCAAAAAACUAUUGCAUGGAUGGACCAAUGAUAUAACUUGUAACACGACGCGAACAUUCAAUGAGUCGAAAAAUAUUACUUUUCCGUUAUUGCAACAAUGUUUAAAAACAUGGCCGACCCAAAAGCAAUUACAAAGAAUGCGUGGAUUACAUUACAUAGAAUAUCAAGAUGUGGUUGAUGAUCAUGUGUUGAAUAUAAAAUACCACAAAGUAUCCUCGAAGAAAUAUUUCGUUACAAAAACUACUCCUUUAAGAAAUCCUGGUUAUGGACAUUGGAUUGAUUGUAAAGACAAAAUUAAAAUAAUCCAAUUACUUAUGAUAGACCGAUCCAUUGUUUCUUUACAUCACAAUCACAAGAAAUUAAGAAAUGACGGGAAAUUGGAACACGAAAGUACUUCACAUACACAGUCUGCAUCAAAUUCUGAUGACAGGAAUAAUAAGCAAUCACAAGCAUUUCAUAAAAAGUACACUCACUGGAAUAAAACAAACGACAUCAGAAAAGUGAUAAGUUUUGGAAGUUAUCUUGUGAGAGUCAAAGAUUCGAAUGAUUAUCUUGAUGUUGAAACUAAAAUAUUGAGAAAUUCAAAUAACACAAUUCUGAAAAUCUGUUUUCAAAAUAGAGAAAGUCAUAAAGAAGGAUUACUUGUGGAAAGUAACCAGUUUUGGACAAUGUCAAAUGGAAAUAAAAAUAAUCACACUGAAAAAUGGAACGAUGGAAACUUGGUCCAUUCUGUGGCUAUUUCUUCAAAGGAAGUGAAAGUUGGUGGCACGCGUAAUGUUAUAUGCAACAGCUGUGAUAAGAGUAAUGCCGGUGAUGAUGUACAGGAGAGACAUUUUGGAAAAUUUAGAGAAUCAAGGGUUCCGAGAAGUGCUACUGAAAGUAAACAUAGUCAAAAAUAUUACGGGAUUUCCGAGAGAAUGAAAUAUUUUAGAUUUAAAGAUAUAUAUUUCACUGACCAAAUAACUAAACAAAACUAUGAAAAUACUCACAGAAACAAUUCUUUCAGAAUAAACUCGAGAACAGAAUGCAGAUUUAAGGAAAACGCAACGUUUUACGACAACAGCUUGAAUAAGAAUUUUUAUUCGCAUAAUGAAACUGGAUUUUACCAGGGUAAUGAAAAUAUUUUUUACAACAAAUACGAUCAUGACAUGCAUAAGCCUAGACAUAAGGAUAUGAAUGACACAAGUACAUACUGGAUUGAUUAUGCACAAUACAAGGAAGAAGAACGAUAUAACAGACUUAUGAAAUCAUUCUUUCUGCAAUACCUUCCAGAUUAUCAUUAUGAAGAGGAAGAACACAAAGAAGGCGAAUUUUAUAGUGAACAAGACAGCGGGGUUCCAAAAUAUUUUAUUGAAAGACAACGACUCCAAGAUUCAGAAGGAAACUAUCCGCAUCAUAGGACACCCAAGAAAAAGAAUAAACCCUGCGGGAAUCAUGGCCGAUAUCCAAAGCACACAGGAGGAUUGAAAAAUCUUAUUCAUCAUCCAAAACAAUAUAUAGAACCGAUGCACUCAUCCAGAGGCAUACGAGUUCGGUACGCACGAGAUGUCAGACAAUCGUCAUCUACAGCUUCACUAUUUCCUGGAUAUGGUUUCGGAAAUGCAGCGUACUUCUCUGGAAACAGACAGCUUUUGCAACUAAAGUUAAAAAAAAAAUAUGGAAUGUCAAAAUCUAUGAUUCCAAGGCAACAAUUUACCAUUGAGUUCUGGAUGAAACCCGAAGGAGGGCAGCAUAAUCCUACCGUUAUUAUUGGUCUGUUUGACUUGUGCCAUCAAAACCAACACACCAAUGGUUGGUCGAUUGGAAUACGUACGAACGAACCUGGCAUGGAAGAAGAUGCUCGUGUGUACUUUGCUCUCAAAACAGACCGAUCAAAGGAGUCGACAGUAUUGAUGUCAGAUCGAUCUUAUUUGCCUUACCAAUGGCUGCACGUUUCUGCGUCAUACUCAGGCGAGAAAAUGAAGUUGUAUAUCAACAGUGCACUUGUUGCUGUUUCACAAGAGCAAACUGGCGACUUAUUCAGUGCAUCUGCUAACAGAUGCAAAGAAAUCCUGCUUGGAGGAAAGGCAUACACAAAAGACAAGCUUUACAGAGGAUAUAUCGAUCAAAUAUUAAUAUGGGACUUUGCCAUAAAACACAGAGAUGUAGCAAGAAAUCUAUACGACUUGACUAUACACUUACAGAAAGACGAAGGACUUGUGUUUAAAGAGGAUUUCAGCCACCUUCAGAAAUGGAAAACUAUUUUAAAAAAACAACCAUCUCUCGUUUUCUCUGAUAUAGAAGAACAACGUUACUCAAUUCAACUCGUGGCGCCACCGUGUGGAAAAACAGUUUGUGACAAUCCGGAUAUAAUUCGCAGUUACACUCGUCACAGUGAAUUACGCCAGGAAAAAAGAAUUCGAUAUCGAAUUGUUAACGUAAUGGAUGAUGUUGAUGAUCAUAAUCCUAAGGUGACUGAUAACCAGGUGGUAAGACAGCAUCGAGCCUUAAUAGCUGCAUUCAAACCUUACAAUAUAAGUUGGGAGUUAGAAGAAGUUAAAAUACGGAAUGCGAGUUUAAAACAUAAGACUGUAUUGUUAGAUUGUCUUCCUAAUGAAAUAGGAGACAAACACUGUAAUCUAGAAUGCCAACAUACUCAAACCGGAAAUGAUGGAGGUGAUUGUGAUAUCGAUGAAAUACCAUGUGAUGCUGUUAAUCUUGGAAACGGGAGAUGUGACUUUGAAUGCAACCGAGCUUAUCAUAAUUGGGAUCACGGUGACUGCUGUAAGAGUCCGUUUAAAUCCCCAAACAGCACUUGUCUAGAUCCCAAUUCCCCUUACAGAGUGUAUCUCAGUAUGGACGAAUACAAAACAGCCUUAAAUGUGAACGGAAGUACUCAUUUAAAUGUCUAUUUUGCCUCAUGGUCUUUAAAAGGACUUGCCACUUUUCCUUGGGAAAAAAACGUCUACAGUUCAUUAGGAGGAACUAUAGUUGAUACAAACAGUUUUGGUGUUCCUGGGAAGUUAGACGAACUGAUACAUGAGUUUGGACAUAACCUUGGACUUUGGCAUGUCCACCAUGGAGUAUCAGAACUAAAAUGCAACGACCGAUGCCGAGAGACUGAACCUUCUUUAGAACUAGGUGAUUUGUGUUCAGAUACGCUCCCAACGAUACAGAACAGGAACUGUCGAGAUCCAGAUUCGACUGUCAGAAGAUGUGGAAUGGGGCCGUUUAAGAACACGCCAUUCCGUAACUAUAUGAGCUACGCAAGUGGCAACUGCACAGAUCAUUUUACACCACAGCAGGUUGCCCGAAUGCAUUGUUAUCUGGACCUUGUCUACCAACCUUGGCUUACUACAAUGAAACCAUCACCCGUGCCUUUAGUUCCAAAGGUUGUUGCUGCUACGGUGACAUCAGUCACUCUCGUUUGGAUUCCUGGAUUGGGAGAAAACGUGUACGGCCCACAUUCCGAAUGUGAUAUGUGCUUGGAAGACGGUUCACUUUUGCAGUAUGCUUCUAGUGCACGAGCGCCAAGCGAUUCAAAGAGAAAGAUCCACUGGAAGAAAGAAGAAGCACUUGGACCACCAGAUGCUGAACUCUGUAAAGCCAGUAGAUUAACAUGGAUGCAAGAGAAUGAUGGUUGCAGUGAAAAAUGUUACAUAGAAUUUGGAUUUAAAUACAUUAUAAUUCCACAGAGAAUCAGUAUUUGGGUCGUGUGGGAGGCAGCAGUUGGAAUAAAGAAUGUGAAGUUUUACUUCGUAGACGGAACUACAGAUUUUCUCGGCCCGGUCAAGGCGUUCUGUGAUAUGCCAUUUACUGCAAGACUUAACUACAACAAGAAAGUUAAAAAGAUUCGCGUAUACACAAAUAACGGGUAUGUAGGCAUUGACGCCAUUCAGCUAGUUUCGACACCUGCAAGUGCCAGGGUUUGUAACAGCUGCCGACCAACAAAAUACCAAGUGAUAAGAAAUCCAAAAUUUCCAAGACCUGUAUAUACCAGUAACACGAUGUUUACAGAUAGAUCUGUAAAGCGCGGAGCGAAUUAUAGUUACACAAUCCAAGUUAAUAUCGGAAACAAAAAGAGUACCUUAUCACCAUCCCUUUAUUAUUACCACGGUCAGCCAUUUUGUGGCAACGGAAGGGUAGAAAGCCAACUUGCAGAAUCAUGUGAUGAUGGAAAUGUCCACAACGGAGAUGGAUGCACAAUGCAUUGCCAGGUAGAAAAAUUCUACAGGUGCAAAGGUACACCCAGCCUGUGUUACCGAUAUGAUGGUGAUGGUGUAUGUGAAAAAGACGAAGAAGGUUCCAGUUUACGUGACUGUGGAUUUUUCACACCACCCGGUUACGAAGAUCAGUGGCCUAUUUCUGUCAGUGGUAACCCACAGCAUCAAAAGAUGCCUGAAUGUCCAGAAGACGUACUGAUUGGUGCUCCGUCAAGGUUUCAGGAAUGCAAAAACAAUGCUGACCUGUCUGAUGUUUGGCAACCUUGUAAUAUAAAUUUCUUUUCUGAUAAUGAUUACUGGGUCAAGCUCUAUUUCAAACGUCCAGUGAUUGCAAUCGCCGUGAUCAUUUACUUAGGUUCAGACGGGAGGACAUAUGACAGCCCUGAGAAUAAGUUUAUCUUUAUCCAAUUGAUUGAUUCCAAUAAUCAAGUGACUGAUGUCGAAAGAAAAUUGAUGGUUGUUUGUAACACAAAUCCUGUCCAUGUAUCCAUAUUCCAUGAUCUUAGCAAGCCAUUUUUCAAGACAAAAGGUAUAAAACUAUCACUUUCAUCCGCAAACAUUGCUAUUGCUGGCGUUCGACUCCGCUCUUCCGAGAAUUUUGAUCCUAUAACACCAGAGAACUGUGGUGGAGACGAAUUUUACAAUCCACGAUCGCAACAAUGCGUUAACCAAACAUGUCCGCCGAUGUUAUGUGAACCACUUGUCAUAAGGAACUCUGUGAUAUCAUGCACUGGACGAAGUGAAAGUGAUGUCUGCCAUAUUAGUUGUAUGGACGGUUAUCAACUAAACUACGCCCUAAACGAAGUAGUUUGUGCAGAUGGUCAUUGGCAGCGCUCCGAAGAGAUAAGCUGUCUCCCUGUCGACUGCAGACUACCAUCCAUGGUGCAUACAACAUUUUCUUGUCCGUAUGGUACGUCGUACAAGAAACACUGUACAUUUACUUGCAAUCCUCCGGCCCAACUUAAAGGCACAAACACUACAAUUCUAUGCGAAGCGAACGGACGUUGGUCAAUGGUUGAUGCUUAUUGCUUAACCUUUUGCCUGUCUCCUCUCCCACGCCCUCAUGCUCAGUUAAUGACCCGCUCUUGCACUCAUGGCAUCCAACAAGCUGGAACCAGAUGCAGAUUUCGCUGCAAGAAAGGGUUUCAUACAGAAGGUUUACAUACAAAACGACGGAGUUUACACAUGACUUGUCGGGAAAAUGGACAAUGGUCUGGCAGGAGAUGUGCACGUGUGAAAUGUGCUACGAUAGCACCAGAAUUUACUAGAAUGUAUAACUGCACGGAACAAAACUACGAAGGCAGCAAAUGUACGUUAAUGUGUCCAGGUGAGAGAAAAAUUCAGAAGAUUAAAUGCCUACAAAAAGGUAUUUGGAGUUCAAACUUUAAAAUGUGCCAUUUUCCAAAAACUUCCGCGUGUCCAUUACCAUUGCUACAUGACCAUCGUCUUCGUAAGAAGAAUUGUCACAAGCGAUUUGUUGGAUCCACUUGUGAAAUUACUUGCAAUAGUCAGAUGUUUCAACCAGUUUUACCCAACAUGAAUGGUACGACUUUCACCAACAAGGACUACAAUGUGAAGUUAACGUGCACCGGUAUUUUACGUUGGUAUCCUAAUCCAAGCGAUAUUACAUGCAAACAGAUAUGCCAAGUGAGGGCCUUAAAAGACGGCUGGUGUGACAGCUCUAACAAUCGACCCUUUUGUGCAUGGGACCAAGGUGAUUGUUGCCUUUCGACGGUAAGAGGAGGCAAAAUUCAGUUGGUUUCACCAACGUGUUCGGACAAAUGUGCUUGUAAAGAUCCUAACGCCAUAGAGAAUAAUAAUCGAUCCAAAUAAUUCAGUUGCUCUUUAUACUGUUGUUGUAAUUCUUUUCGUUGUUGUUGUUUGAUGAUGAUGAUGAUGAGGAUGAGGAUGAGGAUGACGACGACGACGAAGACGACGACGACCACCACCACGACCACGACGACGAUGAUGAUGAUGUUGAUUUUGAUGAAGCCAUUGUUAUUCUAUAUUUGUUGUAUCGUUAGUCUGUGAAAUUGACUCCGUUAAUUUGCUUCACAUCUUUCCAAUGUCGUUAAAAGAAAUGUACGAGUCAAUCGUCGUGAUUAAUGAAAAGAGUGACCACCCACCCACCCAAUCAAGUUUUGUGGUCAUGUGCCAAUGUUAAAAAAAUCAAUGAAUAUUUUUAAAGGGGAUUUAGUUUGCAAGAGUCGUUAAAGCAGCGGACGAAAUGCUAUGUGAUAUUUAGCUAUGUGCGUAUACAUUCUCGCUUUCCAAUCCUGUCGAGAUCUAUAUUACCUUUUAUUGUUCUGGGGAUCGACGGAAUAAAGAACCAAUCAAAUAUCCAGAAACUGACUUCAUCAACCAUACGCCUCCUCCUACAUGAUAUGCGGACAUGUCCGUGUGCCGAAGUUAUACAUUUUUAUCAGUUAUUGUUGUUGUUACUACUACUACUACUACUACUACUACUACUACUACUACUACUACAACUGUUAGCUGGCAUAAUCGUUAGCACUCCGGGCAAAACACAGCAUUUCGUCCGUCAUUACGUUCUGGGUUCAAAUUCCACUGAGGCCGAAGUAGUCGAUGUAAUCGACUUACUUCCUUCUCGAAGUUGCUGGCCUUGUGCCAAAAUCUGAAGCCAUUAUUAUUAUUAUUAUUAUUAUUAUUAUUAUUAUUAUUAUUAUUUCUAUUUCACUUCUCAGAGCUUUCGAUUUCACUCGUUCUGGUUAAUUCUGUAAGCGCGGACGGCAAAGUUAUCAUUAUUAUUAUCGAUGUAAUUGCUGUUAUUAUAACUGUUGUUGUUCUCGUAUUUAUGGCAAUCACCAUAGAACCAGAUAUCUCUGAUAUGUAAUUUCAGUGACUUGGCUUGCUGAGUACACUGCUUUUUGGACAGUUAUUUGCUUUGGAGCUUAUCGUCCUCAGCAGCAAAAAAAUAGAGGGCUUGGUUUUUAAGAUAUCAGAACUGUAAUAUCAAGUUGACAGAAUAGUUAGAGCGUUGGAUAAAAUGCCUUGAGGAAAUUAUUUACACUCUAUAUGUUUUGAGUACACAUUUUGAAGAGGAAUGUUUGCCUUUCAUCCUUCUGAGGCCAAUAGAAUAAAUUACCAGUUAAUUAUCAGGAUCGAUGCAAUCGAUUAACGCCUCCCCACAAACAUGCGUUCAUGUGUUCAUGUGUUCAUGUUAGAGAUAUUAAUUAUAAUUAUUAUUAAUGAAACGGUUGUUGACAGAUUCAGUGUAACAGCGGGAAAAAUGCUUUAUAGUAUUUAUUUACGUCAUUUUACCUUCUGAGCUCAGAUUCCGCAAGGAUCAAUUUUGGUUAGUUUCGAGAGCGAUAAAAUAAAGAGAAAAUCAUACACUGGUUAAUUGUAUCGAUAUUAUCAACUUUUUACCACGGCCUUGUGCCUGCGUUGAAAGUUGCUGUUUUUGUUGUUGUUGUUCUUCUUCUUAUUAUUAUUCUUAUUAUUAUUACUAUUAUUAUUAUUAGUAUUAUUAUUAUUAUUAUUACUAUUAUUAUUAUUAUUAUUAUUAUUAUUAUUAUUAUUAUUAUAAAGGCGUUGAGCUGGCAGAAUCAUUACCACACCGAUAAAACGCUUAGCGGAUUUUUUUUUUCUCCCGUAUUUACGUUCUGAGUUCAAAUUCUGCUGAUGUCGACUUUGCCUUUCAUGCUUUCGGGGUCGAUAAG